AUGACGAGCAUGAGAUCACAAAACAGGAGAGCCACACCCCCGCGAGGACGGAGACCGCGUCGUCAUCUCAAACGAACUCAUCACUACGCGACUAACACCGAUCCUUCAUCUCGAUGCCGGAGAUGGCUUAAGACUAACCCAUACAGGGGAGAAGUGUCGACCGCGGAAAUAACAGAAACGGAAAGACGCGUUUUAAAAAUCGUGCAAGACGAACAAUUUCACGCUGAAAGAGAAAGGUUGAAGACAGCGGGAGGAGUCAAGAGCACAAGGCUCGCCGCGUUAAAUCCGAUCCUUAACGAAGAAGGUUUAAUUCGAGUGGGGGGUCGACUUCGAAACGCAAAUUUAAGUUUCCACGAGAAAUGUCCGAUAUUAUUGCCCUCACACCACCACGUCACCGAUCUCAUUAUCCGAAAACUCCAUGAACAAAACUUUCACGCCGGUAUACAGACUAUCCUCUAUGCCCUUCGACAACGUUUUUGGCUCCUCGACGGCAAGAAUCAGGUGCGAAGAAUCGUACGUCAUUGCGUACGUUGCAUCCGAUUCCGUGCAUCCGGCAUCCAGUAUAAAACGGGAAAUUUACCAAGCUCGCGAGUGCAGGAAGCCACUGCAUUCUCCCACGUCGGAGUAGAUUUCUUCGGUCCAAUCUACGCGAAAGAAAAGAAGUACCGUAAUAAAGGUCGCGUUAAAAUAUACGGGUGCAUCUUCCUCUGCAUGACUAUCAAGGCUGUACACAUCGAAUUAGUCAGCGAUCUGACUACAGAUGUCUUUUUGGCCGCUUUCCGGCGGUUUGUGAGUCGAAAAACUAUUCCAACUCACGUCUAUUCUGAUAAUGGAACUAACUUCGUCAGGGCUAAUAACCAAUUAAAGAAACUGUAUGCCUUGAUCGAGUCGGACGAGAAUAAGACGAAGGUCCAUGAUUUCGCGGUAGAUUGUAAAAUCUCAUGA